CUCACACAAGUUUUUUUCUCUCUCUCUCUCUCUCUCACUCUCCGCUCUUCAAAAAAGUUCCCCAAACUUUGCCACCAAAGUUUUUUUUCCGCUCUCCUCCGGACUCCCUCUCUCCCUCUCUCUCUCUCUCUCUCUCUCUCUUUCCCCGCGAGUCUCCGGCUCUCCCGUUCCCCCCAUGAGGACUCCAGUCAGGGGCUAAGGGGAUGGGGGGCAGACCGCUCCCGGGCUGGGGCUGCUGGGGCUGCUGCUGGGGCUGGUGGUGGUGCUGCUUCCUGGGGGCUGUCGCUGUGUGUGGAGCAUUACAGUGCCGUAACGCCUUUGAGCCGUGCAUCAAUGAGGGGAAGUGUGAGACCCGUCGCAAUGGCACCGGAUAUUGUGCAUGUGGAGCUGGAUUUGUGGGCGAGUAUUGUCAGUACCCUAAUCCCUGCCGGAUCCCAGCCUGCCUGAACGGAGGCACGUGCAGUGUGCUGUACGCCGGAAGCCAAGUACAGAGCACGUGCACUUGUGCUUUGGGAUUUUCCGGUGAGCGCUGUGAGACUGCCAUCCCCAGCGCUUGCUCCAGCAAACCCUGCCAGAACCAAGCCACCUGCCGCCUCCUCUCCCUGGAGCGAUAUGAGUGCGUCUGCCAGCAAGGAUGGACAGGUAAGACCUGCCAGCGAGUGGAUGCCUGCUCCUCGCAACCCUGCCUCCAUGGAGCGACGUGUGGCAAUUCUGGGAGCCGCUACACGUGCGCCUGUACACCUGGCUACACUGGCUCCUCCUGCCAGACAGACGUGGAUGAAUGUGUGGCCGGGAACCUGUGCCAGAACGGGGGCACGUGUGAGAACGUGCCCGGUUCCUACCAUUGCCAUUGCCAGGCGGGCUUUACCGGUGGCAACUGCGAGAGUGUUUACGUGCCCUGCUCACCGUCACCCUGCACCAAUGGAGGCACCUGCCGCCCAACCAAUGAUGACCUAGCCUACGAGUGUAACUGCCUGCCAGGGUUCGAUGGGAAGGACUGCGAGAUCAACAUUGAUGAUUGUCCAGAUCACAAGUGCAACAAUGGAGGGACCUGCGUGGACGGAGUCAAUACCUAUAACUGUCAGUGCACUCCAGAGUGGACAGGUCAGUUCUGCACAGAAGACGUGGAUGAGUGUCAGCUGCAGCCAAAUGCUUGUCUGAAUGGAGGGACCUGUUCCAACAACAUUGGAGGCUAUGACUGCAUCUGUGUGAACGGAUGGAGUGGAGAUGACUGUAGUGAGAACAUCGAUGACUGCGCAACCACCUCCUGCAUGAACGGUGCCACCUGCAUUGACCGCGUUGCCUCUUUCUAUUGCGAAUGCCCCAUUGGAAAAACAGGUCUUCUUUGCCACUUGGAUGAUGCAUGUGUGAGUAACCCCUGUCAUGAAGGGUCUGUGUGCAACACCAACCCUCUGAAGGUCGACUACUUUUGCACUUGUCCCUCUGGCUACAGGGGCACGGCAUGUGACGAGGACAUAAAUGAGUGCUCUCUUGGAGGCAACCCUUGUGAGCACGGGGGGAAGUGCGUCAACACAGAUGGCUCUUUCCGCUGCGAGUGCUCGGUGGGCUACACAGGACCGCGAUGCGAGACGGACAUCAAUGAGUGCAUCUCCAUGCCCUGCCAGAACGAUGCCACCUGCCUGGACCAGAUCGGGGAAUUCAAGUGCAUCUGUAUGCCAGGGUUCAUGGGAAUGCACUGCGAGAUGGACAUCAACGAGUGUGAAAGCCACCCGUGUCUGAACAGCGGGGUGUGCAAGGACGAAGUGAACCGCUUUGUGUGUGACUGUCCCCCUGGUUUUGCAGGGACCACAUGCCAGAUCGAUGUGGAUGAGUGUGCCAGCACGCCCUGCCUGAACGGAGCCAAGUGCAUUGAUCGCCCAAACGCGUUUGAGUGCACAUGCAGUGAAGGUUUUGCCGGCUUGCUGUGUGAGACCAACAAGGAUGACUGCCUCCCAGACCCGUGCCACUACGGCAAGUGUGAGGACGGGAUCGCUGGCUUUACCUGUAAAUGUAACCCCGGCUACAUGGGCAGCAUAUGCAGUGAGCAGAUCAACGAGUGCCUAAGCCAGCCCUGCCUAAACGGGGGCACCUGCUCUGACCGGGUCAAUGACUACGAGUGCCGCUGUCCAGUCGGCACCUCAGGAGCCAAUUGUGAGGUUAACCCUGAUGACUGUGCGAGUAACCCGUGCGACUACGGAAUCUGUAAAGAUGGCAUCAACCGAUACGACUGUGUCUGUAGCUCUGGUUACACAGGUCCCAUGUGCACGGUAAACAUCAACGAGUGUUCCUCCAACCCCUGCCACAACGGUGGGACAUGCGAGGACAAGGUGGACGGCUUUGUGUGCCUCUGCCCCGAGGGGUACCACGACCCCUACUGUGUGUCCCAGGUGGACGAGUGUAACAGCAACCCCUGCGUUCACGGCAGCUGCAGGGAUGAUGUGAACGGCUACCAGUGUGUUUGCAAGGCUGGCUGGGUGGGUGUGAACUGCGACGUGGACCGAGACGAGUGUGAAUCAGACCCCUGUCAACACGGGGGAGCGUGCGAGAACCUGGUCAACGGCUACAGGUGUACCUGCAGGACAGGCUUCAAAGGGUCGGACUGCCAGAUCAAUAUAAACGAGUGUGCAUCCAAUCCCUGCCUGAACAAAGGGGUCUGUGUUGACGACAUCAAUCACUACUCGUGCACGUGCUCUCUGCCCUACACCGGCCAGAACUGUGAGUUUGUUCUUGACCCGUGUGCCUCGAAACCGUGUGAAAACGGAGCUGUGUGCCUUGAAUCUGAAGACUAUGAAAGCUACAGCUGCACAUGUUCACCUGGUUGGCAAGGUCAGAGAUGCUCGGUGGACAUUGACGAGUGUGUGAAUAGCCCCUGCCAGAACGCUGGCUCCUGUCGGAACUUGCCCGGGAGCUACGAGUGCCAGUGUCGAUCCGGCUACAGUGGGGUGAACUGUGAGACCAACCUCGACGAUUGCAGCCCAGAUCCGUGCCAGAACGGCGGGACAUGUGUGGAUGGCGUUGACGCCUACUCGUGCCGGUGCCUCGCUGGCUUCUCGGGACCGAGGUGCCAGGUGGAGGUGAACGAAUGUGUGAGCAGCCCCUGUCUGAACGGCGGCACCUGCACCGACUACGUCAACAGCUACGUGUGUGAGUGCCGUCCUGGCUUCACUGGCAUUCACUGUCAGAGCAACGUCCAAGACUGCACACAGAGCUCGUGUUUCAACGGUGGGACCUGUGUGGAUGGUAUUAACACGUACACGUGUCAGUGCCAGCCCGGCUUCACCGGUUUAAAUUGCCAGCACGACAUCAACGAGUGCGACUCCAAACCCUGCCAGAACGGGGGCACCUGCACUGAUGGCUUAGGUAGUUACCGCUGCACCUGCCCUUUGGGGUACUCUGGCAACAACUGUCAGAAGCUGGAUAAUCUGUGCAGUCGAUCGCAGUGUAAGAACCGAGGGAAGUGUAUACAACAUGGAGCCAGCUUCCGGUGUGAAUGUCCAAGCGGCUGGAUGGGGUUGUACUGCGAUGUGCCCAACGUUUCCUGUGCAGUGGCUGCCCUCAAACGAGGCUUACUUGAGGUGGAGCAGCUUUGCCAAAACUCGGGCGUCUGUAUCAACGUUGGGAACAGUCAUCGUUGCCAAUGCUCAAUGGGCUACGGCGGCAGCUACUGCGAGGUCAACGUGGAUGACUGUGUCUCGAGCCCCUGUCAAAACGGCGCCAUCUGCAGGGACUUCCUCAACAAUUACGUGUGUGAGUGUGUGGCUGGUUACCAGGGCGUCAACUGCGAAUACGAGGUGGACGAAUGUCAGACCAACGGCUGUCAGAACGGCGGGACGUGCAUCGACCUGGUCAAUCAAUACAAGUGUUCCUGCCCCCCCGGUACCGAGGGGAUUCUGUGUGAAAUAAACAUCGAUGAUUGUCAGCCCGACCCCCACCCCCAGACGGGGGAGCCCCGCUGCCUGAACGGCGGCCAGUGUGUCGACAAGAUCGGUGGGUACGGCUGUGUGUGCCCGCCAGGGUUUGCCGGAGAGCGGUGCGAGGGCGACGUGAACGAGUGUCACCCCAAUCCCUGUAACGGUCAGGGCAGCCUGGAUUGUGUGCAACUCGCCAAUGACUACGUGUGUCGAUGCCGCCCGGCUUUCACAGGGCGGCGCUGUGAGACGGUGGUAGACCUGUGCCUGUCUCAGCCGUGCCUGAACGGGGGCACGUGUACACUGACGAUUAAUGCCCCUCGGGGGUACAGCUGUCACUGCGGACCGGGUGUGGCGGGGCCAAGCUGUGAGUUCACUAACCACACGUGUGGGCGUGUGACGUGCCUGAACGGGGGUGCCUGCGUGAUGAUGCCCGCUGGCCCUCGCUGUCGCUGCCCCCGGGGCUUCAGGGGGUCCGAGUGCCAACUGCUGUCCUCCGGCCCCUGCUUUGCUCAACCGUGCCGUAACGGCGGCUUCUGCACCGACCAGCCCACCCCACCCUUCUACACCUGCCGCUGCGCCGUGGGGUUCCAGGGUCCCACGUGUCAGGUGCCCGCAGAGCAAGCCUGCCCCAGCACCGACUGCCUGGCCAAAGCGGGCGACAGUGUAUGCGACAGGGAGUGUGACACGCGGGCGUGCGGCUGGGACGGGGGGGAUUGUUCGCUCACCCUGAAGGACCCCUGGGAGAACUGCACCCUCGGAGAGACCUGCCGACAGCGCUUCGGCAACCAGCACUGCGACCCCGACUGCAACAGCCCCGAGUGCCUGUUCGACAACUUCGACUGUCACCAGCGAGACCGGAACUGCAACCCUUUCUACAAUCAGUAUUGCCUGGAUCACUAUGAUGAUGGGAACUGUGACCAGGGCUGUAACAAUGAGGAGUGCGGCUGGGACGGGCUGGACUGUGUGGAGGGGGUUCCAGAGCGCAAGGCCAGAGGCACCUUGGUGCUGGUGGUCCUGCUUCCCCCCGUUGAGCUGCUUAAGGACCUGGGCAACUUCCUGCGGCGCCUGGGCACCCUCCUGCAUACCAACCUCCGCGUCAAGAACGACGCCAGCAAUCAGCCCAUGAUCUAUCCUUACUACGGCCACGGGGUCAGGAUGAAACGCUUCCUCAGGGUCACCAGAGAGCUGGGGCAAGAGGCCAUCGGCUCUGAAGUGCACCUGGAGAUCGACAAUCGCCAGUGUUUCCAGACGUCCCAGGACUGUUUCUUAUCCACCGACAAUGCCGCAGCGUUCAUUGCUGCUCUGGGCCGUAAGGGCGACUUGCCAUACCCCAUCUCCUCUGUCAAAAGUGAGGUACUGGAGAAGGCGGGACAGAUGAGCCUCCUCUACCUGCUGAUGGUGGCCGUGGCCAUCAUCAUCCUGAUCAUCAUGCUGGGCGUGGUGGUAGCCAAGCGCAAGCGCAAGCUCGGGCCCCUGUGGUUCCCGGAGGGCUUCAUCCUCAACAAGGAGAGCAAGCGCAAGCGGCGAGAGCCUGUGGGACAGGACGCGGUGGGCAUGAAGAAUCUGUCGAAGCAGGAGGCGGAGGACAGUAUGGUGGACGACAAUCAGAAUGAGCAGUGGCUGGAGGGGGAAGGACCAGAGGCCAAGAAACCCAAGACUGAGGACCAGGCGCUGCUCUCGGAGAACGAGGAUCCAGUUGACCAUCGGAAGUGGACCCAGCAACACUUAGAAGCCGCAGACAUCCGAGUUUCCCCCUCGCUGGCUCUGACCCCUCCACAAGGCGAGCAGGAGACCGACUGUUUGGACGUCAACGUGAGAGGCCCAGAUGGUUUUACUCCCCUGAUGCUGGCCUCGCUGCGAGGCGGGGGCGUGGACACCGGCCUCGAGGAGGAUGAAGACCUGGAGGAUUCGUCGGCCAACGUGAUCACGGACCUCAUCUACCAGGGCGCCAACCUGCUCGCGCAGACCGACCGAACCGGGGAGACCCCGCUACACUUGGCUGCCCGCUACGCCCGCGCCGAUGCCGCCAAACGCCUCCUGGAUGCGUCCGCUGAUGCCAACGCCCAGGACAACAUGGGCCGCUCGCCUCUCCACGCGGCUGUGGCAGCCGACGCUCAGGGAGUGUUCCAGAUCCUGAUCAGGAACCGAGCUACAGACCUGGAUUGUCGGAUGAACGAUGGCACAACGCCUCUGAUCCUGGCCGCCCGGCUGGCAGUGGAGGGGAUGGUGGUGGAGCUCAUUCACUGUCACGCAGAUGUUAAUGCCAUCGAUGAUCAUGGUAAAUCUGCGCUGCACUGGGCAGCUGCCGUUAACAAUGUUGAUGCUACUCGUGUACUCUUGAAGAAUGGAGCCAACAAGGACAUGCAGGAUAACAAGGAGGAGACCCCCUUGUUCCUGGCCGCUCGAGAGGGGAGCUACGAAGCCGCCAAAAUCCUGCUGGAUCACUUUUCCAACCGGGACAUCACAGACCACAUGGACCGCUUGCCCCGAGACAUCGCCCAGGAGCGGAUGCACCACGACAUUGUCCACCUGCUGGACCAGUACAACUUGAUCAGGAGCCCACAGCAGGGCCCCAUGGGCACCGCACUCUCCCCCGCCAACUGUCCGCCCGGCGUCUCCUUUGCCAACAUGAAGCAGACUCCUCAGGGCAAGAAAGCCAGACGGGCAAGUUCCAAGACACCCGCUCAGGGCAAUGCCAAGGAAACCAAGGCCCGGCGGAGGAAAAAGUCCAUCGGUGAUGGGAAAGGGCCACUGGUGGAGAGCUCCGUGGCUCUGUCACCUGUCGAAUCCCUGGAAUCCCCGCACACGUACGUGUCGGACACCACCUCGCCGACUCUGCUGACAUCUUCCGGGGGUUUGGCAUCCGCGCCUCUUCAUCCCACCCCUUCGCUGCAGAGCCAGUUGGCGAUGUCUCUCUCCAGCCUGAAUGAGAUGAAGUGCCUGCCCAUGGGCUCCAACUCUGUGCUUUCCUCCUCCGUGGGUCAGGUCCCACCCUCUGUUUCCCAUCCUGCCAUGAGCAGCCAUGCCAACAACCUGGGGCCAACCCUGGGGAGAGUCGGGCAGAUGAACAUCGAGUGGAUGAACCAGAUGGGCAUUUCCACUUCUCAGUACAGCCCAAUGUUGGGCAUCCUCCACCAGGUGUCCGGCUCCUACCCCAAUGUCCACCAGCAGAACCCAGUACUCCAUCCUAACAUGGCUCCGGUCCACAUGGCCAUGAUCAGGGAUGCCUUCCCACAGCUUGUGACCUACCAGCCGAUGAACGGAGGCUUGACGCAGCCAUUGAUGCAGCAGCACCAAGCGCAGAGCAGUCAAGCUGCCCAGCAACAAGCCCAGCCCUACUGCGGCUCGAUGACCCCGGCACCGGGGAAUCCCAUGCAUCAGAUACCCAACGGCCAACUGAACAACGUGAUGAUGCCCGCCCAGGAGGGGCAGGGGUCCCAGACCGUCCUGCCACCCUACCACAAGCUGCCCACCUCAGUGCAGAUGGAUAAGUUCCCGACCCCACCAUCGCAGCAUAGCUAUGUGUCCAUGACCACCGACAACACCCCGAACCAUCACAUCCACCUGCAGAGCGAGCACCCGUAUCUGACGCCCUCGCCAGAGUCCCCGGAUCAGUGGUCCAGCUCCUCCCCACAUUCCACGUCCGAUUGGUCUGACAUCACGCCCAGCCCGGCGCCCCUUGGCCAGCGGCCUCAGGUUUCCCACAUUCCAGAGCAACAGAGGGGGAGCGUGCAGGUGUUUGCCUCUUAAGAGCCAGCCCUGGGCUCCAGCAAGACUUUAUGUGGAAAGCUGAAGUGAAGACAGGAAAGGAGCACUGUGGCACCUCUGCCCAGCAGACGUGCCCGUACUCAGAAAAGGGUCGCCUAGAAAGCACUCAACAGUCUUAAGAAAGAUCAACUCUUCUAAAUUCAGAGACUGGCAGAGGAACGUGACUUCAGCGUGUAUUGAAGACUUUCUUAUUUAUUCUAAUCACUAGUAUCACUGCCCUCUUCCAUAUUUAUGUUGGCAUAUUUUAAUUCCUUAGAACAUCAUUGUACUGUGAGCUUAGGUUCUUUUUCUCUCUGUUUUAAAAGAAAACUGUACACCCUCCUAGUUAAGGUGCCUUCCAGGUUUAUUUCACUUUGAUAUGCUCCACAUCUGACUCCUGACUUCAGCCCAAACCCAAUUCAGAGCAGGGGGUAAUAGCCAGCAUUGCCUUUGGUGAAGGAGGAGGAGAUGCAAUGAAACACGGGAGUAAAAUCACAGUUUACUUUUUAAUGAACAGUUGUAACUUAUAUGGUUGAAGGAACCAUGUAUCGGAGUGGGGAUUGGGAAAGAGGGAAUAGAAGACUAAUUUCCAUAGCUCGUAUUCCCAACGAAAGCCCUCUAUUUCCAACUGCUUUACACUUUUUUUCUCUUGUUUUUGUAAAAAAAAUCCUUGCCACCCAUUCCUUCUGUGGUACAAAACAUUCCCUGGCUCACGACUGUAAAUCAGGUACUGUAUGUACUUUGUUUGAUGUCCCACACGUGUCAGUUGAUGUGUUAUGUUGGUGGGAAAAUUGAAGUUUGUCUUAACUUUCAUUUUUUUUUUAUCUUUGGGGGAAACAAAAUUCUUUCCUGAUGAUACAGAACCAAGUUCGGACUUUUGUUGGUUCCUCUGACCUGAAGCGCAAGUUCCCUUGCCUCUCGGUCAGCCACUAAAUUUAAUUAAUCCAGAUAUUUGAAGGAAAAUGAGACAAAUGAUUUUUUAGCUUGAUCUUUCUAUUCCUCUGACCUUCAGUGUCCAGCAUGUCAUUGAGAAAGCAGAGUGAAACAAAGACACUUUCCUGGGAGAGGAGAGAAGGGGAAGUGGGAGAGAUAAUUUGAUAGGGGGAAAAGAAAGCUCUAGUUAUUUGUACAAGUCCCGUGCUGUGUUGUUCGGUAUAGAAGAGAACCUAAGGGCAAGUAUUGCUUGCCUAAAGCCUUAAUAACCUCACAUCAACAUCGCACACACAAACAAGAGGAGCUGUCUGCCUGGAGUUCUUUCCUUUCAUGUUGGAAGUUACAUCACAAACACCCCCCUUCUUUGCCCCUCCAACCCUUUCCCACAGUUAUUGACUCACACCCACAGUUGGAGUUUGCAAUGAAGUAAAUGCUUAAAUGAAGGAGCUUCACAGUCAGGCUGAUUCCUGGAAUGUAGAGGUUUCAGCGAAACAAACUUUGGUUACCGUUACUUUAAUUGUGUUAAAAUUAAAGUAACUUGUUCACAUGCUGUCUCGCCCCACACAUCUCGCUCAAGCUUAGAGGUUGGGUAAAGGUCUGAUUAGGGAGUCAGAGGGUGGGAGUGAGGGGCAAUUGGCGUGACUUCCUCGAAUGCUACCAACACUCAAUGUCACUCUUGCCAGGGAAGUUGAGGCUUUCGAUGCUUUUCCUAUUGAUUCAAAUUAAGUCAAUUGCACUUAGCAAGAACCAUUUUCCCACAUGAAGGGCACUAAAUCUUGCCAAUUUCUGCAUCCAAACUAAAUGAAGUUUGUUUUCUUCCCUUCCAUGAAACUUAUAUUUUUUAUUAAAAUAUUGUACUUUAUGAAGCCAAAAUGAAGAUAUACAGUGUUAAAUCGGAAAUCCCAGCUAGAUUAGAGAUCUUUGGGAUUGUGACUAUUCACUGUACCUUAUGAAACACUUUGAAGAUUUUACCUGUAAAAUUUACAGGUACUUAGAUUAUUUUGCUAGCAUUGCGAUUUUGGGUAGAAUUCUGUGUUUGGGGACUUGUAUGUACGGCUCAUAGCAAAUUCUUAGUCUAUGCUUAUUGUUGCAAUGUGGUAGCCUUGAUUUUAAAUUGCUUGUCACUUUCUGUCUACCCUCUCCACAAGUUGUGCAUUAUUGUGAUAAUUGGAGACAUUUGGAUUGAUUUUUUUUAAUGCCUCUUGAAAUUUCUGUGAAAUGUUUGUAAAAUAAUCUAUUCAAAUGGAGUCCGUAUCUUAACACUUAAAAUCGCAUCCAAUGGGAAAGGGAAUUGGUUGGUGGGGGUCGGAGUUAGAAAAGAGACAAAACCAAUGAACAAGUGAUUUUAUUUUACAUUCAUUGACAGGUAGCGAAGUGUGUGUUCAAGCCCAACUGUGAGAUUGAAUUUGGAGUACAAGUUGCUGCCCCCUGUCCCAUGAUUUUUUAACCAAACACCCAGGUUAUUGUUCUCAGAGGAGGUUAAAAUUUAACAAGUGCAUUUAAAAAGUUUGAGUUUGGGAGGAGUCAAAAAAACAAGGUCAGCUUUAAAUCAGCCUCAAGGAUACGCUACAGUCUCGUGUAUGUUCAAUGGGACAAGUGGCUGGUUCUGUUCAAUUGACUGAAGCAGGCCAGGUACAGUAAUAACCUUUCAGAGCUCAGUGCUGUAAUGAGUGUGAUUGUAUAUCGGGUAUAUCAGUGCUGCAAUGGGGUUCUUCUGCGAGUCUGGGACUCCUGAGAAUUGGAGCGUUCUCAAGAUUGUGUAACAUUUUGUCAGACCCCUCCCCACACUCCUAACAUCAUUCAACUAAUCACCCAUCCGGUACAUUUGGUUUAGGUCACUUGGGCUUGUGAUGGGAAUUGGCAGAGCUGUUCGCUAAAACUUGUAAGACAUAUGCACAUAUGAGUGUGGUGGGGGAGGAGCGGGGGGUGGGGAAUCAGUAGCCCGUCAAGGGUAUUUGGCUUUUAAUUUUGUUUUCCUUGUUAAUUUUCUCGUCCGCUCGGAGUCAGUAUCAGAGAGGGUUGUUUGUCGUUCUGAUCUGAAUGUAGAAUGAAGAAUGUAGUCUGUAUCUUAACACUUAAAAUUUCAUCCAAUGGGAAGGGGAAUUGGUGGUUGGGGUUUGGGUCAGAGGACAGAGGAAGAGAAGAUUUCUCAUUGGUGCUAUUCUCUAAAUCUAUUACUGUUAUAGUCCCUGACAGAUCUAUUCUUCAGGUUAACUAACUGCUUGGAAUAAUCUGCGAUUCUCACAGCUGGGCUGAAAGACACAACGCAGAACCAACAUGGGAGCAAAGGAUUUUUUCUUCACAACCCAACUGCAGAGAUUUACAUACUAAAUAUAUUCUUGUACAAAAAAAGUCACAAUGUGGAAGAAAGUGAGGAAUGGAAAGCGCGUAAUUUUACGUGAAAUAUAUCUUUUUCUGUUAAUCCUGUGAUCGGGUGGCAUGAUUUCAAAUAAGUUGGUGACACUUUUUUUUGGGGUGUUUUAAAACCAAUUUGAAACAAUCGCAUGGGAAGUUAGACUUGAUGUUUCCAUUUUUGACUUGUUGAUCCUCCCUCCUCUCUCCUCCCCCCGCCCCCCAAACAAGGCCCAAUGUGGAGCACGACAGGUUGCUUGUAUUAAGUUUCUGUCGCAAACCAAUCUCGCUGCAACGUCUUAACUUUUUAAUAGCCAAAUGGACGACUAGCCAAAGGCUAGAAAAAUGCUGUUUUCCUCUCCCUUCCCAUCCCACAGAUGCUAUUCCACCACUGAGAGAAGGUCUACCUACUUUUAUAUACAGACAGACACACAGACAGACGGCUUUGUUAAUGCUCAGUUUGCUGAAACGAUAAUUAUUACGAACACGUUUCCCUCUAUGACAUUAUGUAAAUUGUGACUCUUUGUUCAUUGUUUUCCCCAACCGUCUGCCUCUCCCUCAACAUCCAUCUGACAACACAACCAACCAACACCCCUUUCCCCCAACCAAUUAACCAUCUGAUCCCAACCACCCAACCCAAAUCAACAACCAGAAAUUAAAACAUGUGUUGCAAAAGGUCAUACAGACAAUCACGUCAUCAUACUUUCAUAUGGUAACACACGAACAUAACUACAGAAAAAGCAACAGACCGAUGGUGUGUGCCCAUGAAUCCUUGUAAAUAAGUUCUAACUUUGUACGACAGAAUGGAUCUUUGGCAAAAAUCAUAUAUUUUUUGCUGUGUUUUAAAUGUAUAUGUACUAAAAAUGCUUAUUAUUCUUAGACAAAAUAUUGAAAUCAAAGCAAUGUACGAGUAGAUAGAGAUCUAUUUUUUAAUUUUUUUACACAACGUUUCAUGAGAAAAGUAGUUUCAAAUAGAUUCCUGCAGAGAAUUAUUUUUUCUGAAGAUCACAAUUUGUACAUGAAGUAUCAAAUGUAACAUAAAAACAGAUGUUUAAAAUCUA